CGGACAGGAUGCAGCUUCUUCUCCUCAGCGGCCCCCAUCUCUCCAGCCUCCCGGCGGCGAUGCGCUGUGCGUUAUGACGCCAAGCCGUUUGACGAGCACAUUACGUGGGGUUGGCAGAGCAGCACAGCAGCCUGGAUCCCCGUUAUGUAAUGCAUUAAUGCAUCGGAUGCUGCACGGCUGAGAGUUGCGGGGAGGAAAAACUGACGGAUGGCUUAUUUAGUGACAAUCAGCGGGGUGGUGGCUUAUGACUGAGCGUGCAGACGUCUGCUGUCGGCAAGUACAAUGAUAAUUGUAAAUCGCAGGAGUGCAGUGUAAUUGAGCCCGUCUGGGCAUCAGUGGCCUAUCCCUGAGGUGCACAGACGUCUGGAGCCUGCGGAAGCUUUUUUUUUUUUUUUUAAGCCGACCAGAGCCACUGAGCUGUGGCAUAAACAAUGGCGGGUCCCGAGCAGUCCCAGCAGCAGCAGCAGGUAGAGGAGAAGGCAGAGCAUAUAGAUGAUGCUGAGAUGGCUCUGCAAGGUAUCAACAUGCUGCUCAACAACGGAUUCAAAGAAAGCGACGAGCUUUUCAGAAGAUACAGGAGUCACAGCCCACUGAUGAGCUUUGGGGCCAGCUUUGUCAGUUUCCUGAAUGCCAUGAUGACAUUUGAGGAGGAGAAGAUGCAGACAGCCUGUGACGACCUGAGGACCACGGAGAAACUGUGUGAAAGUGACAGUGCCGGAGUCAUAGAGACAAUCAGAAACAAGAUCAAGAAGAGUAUGGAUUCCCAAAGGUCAGGCGUUGUGGUCGUGGACCGCCUUCAGAGACAGAUUAUUGUUGCUGACUGUCAGGUGUACCUCGCUGUGCUCUCCUUUGUCAAGCAGGAACUCUCAGCAUAUAUCAAAGGAGGCUGGAUUCUUCGUAAGGCAUGGAAAAUGUACAAUAAAUGCCACAGUGACAUCAGCCACCUGCAGGAGACUUGUCAGCGGAGGUCCUCUGUCCACCAGGAGUCCCUCUCGGUAGACAAUGCCAACCACAAUGCGCCAGUGGAGAACGGCGUGACGGCUGAGGCCCUGGACCGACUCAAGGGAUCCGUCAGCUUCGGCUAUGGUCUCUUCCACCUGUGCAUCUCCAUGGUACCACCACACCUGCUGAAAAUUAUCAACCUGCUGGGCUUCCCCGGCGACCGUCUGCAGGGCCUGUCCUCCCUUAUGUAUGCAAGCGAGAGCAAGGACAUGAAGGCACCACUAGCUACGUUGGCCCUCUUGUGGUACCACACAGUAGUGCUGCCCUUCUUUGCUCUGGAUGGCUCCGAUACAAAUGCAGGGCUACUGGAAGCCAAAGCAAUUCUGCAGAGAAAGUCGGUGGUUUACCCCAACUCGUCCCUCUUCAUGUUCUUUAAAGGACGGGUUCACCGGCUAGAGUGCCAUAUCAACAGUGCUUUGGCCUGUUUCCAUGAUGCAUUAGAACUUGCAUCAGACCAAAGAGAGAUCCAGCAUGUGUGUCUCUAUGAGAUUGGUUGGUGUAGCAUGAUUGAGAUGAAUUUCGAGGAUGCAUACAGGUCAUUUGAACGGCUGAAGAAUGAGUCACGUUGGUCGCAGUGCUACUAUGCCUACUUGACUGGAGUGAGUCAGGGUGCUUCAGGUGACCUGGAUGGGGCAACCGGAGUUUUCAAAGAUGUGCAGAAACUGUUCAAGAGGAAAAACAACCAGAUAGAGCAGUUUGCUGUCAAAAGGGCUGAGAGAUUGAGAAAGGUUUCUCCCACCAGAGAGCUAUGCAUCCUCGGUGUAAUUGAAGUGCUGUAUCUGUGGAAAGCUCUUCCAAACUGCUCCUCAUCUAAACUGCAGAUAAUGAAUCAGGUGUUACAGAGUUUAGAUGACGCUUCGUGCAGAGGCCUGAAGCAUCUCCUCCUCGGUGCCAUUCACAAAUGUCAUGGAAACAUGAGAGAUGCUGUUCAGUCAUUUCAGCUGGCUGCUAGAGAUGAGUACGGACGGCAGAUCAACUCGUAUGUUCAGCCGUACGCCGUCUAUGAGCUGGGAUGUAUACUCCUUGCAAAACCAGAGACAGUGGGAAAGGGGAGAUCAUUACUACUUCAAGCAAAGGAGGAUUUUACAGGCUACGACUUUGAGAACAGGCUUCAUGUCCGCAUCCACUCAGCCUUGGCCUCGUUGAAGGAAGUAGUGCCUCAGUGACUCCAGGAAGGAAAGCUGCGAUGGCUCAUGGCUUUUUACACCCAGUUGUAAGCCAUUCUAAAUAACUGUAUGAAAUACUAGUCGACAGGCUCCUGUGUUUGUCAUUCUUAAAGUAUUUGGGGAAUCUUACCUACAGUUAGACUGAUAUGAGGCCUCAUUUCUGUGCAUUCAGUACAGAAAUAGAUAUAGUAUGUGUAUGUUCAUACUAGCUUAGUGCAAAGUGUGGAAGCAGAUGGAGAUGACUAGCCGAGCUAUGGCUAGCAAGCUAAAAACUAUGUCCAAUAUUACCAGUACUGGUACAGCUUGUCGUGUUAGCCAGCAAGUUAGUCACCUGAUACAUCCAUAAUUGGGAUUAGUUACCAUAAAGUGAAAACCGUGCGACCUUGGUAUAGGGGCAGGACUGUUGAGAGUAAGCAAACCAUGGCAUUGUUGGCCAAGAAAUAGCUCCAACUUCAUGUUCAGUCUCAUUUUGCAUUUCUAUUUUAUGGUGUGUUUCUACAGUACUGUAGAAAUAAGAUCUUUAUAAUUGUUGGAAGGUGCAUUUUUCAGCUUGAAGCAACAAAGCUAGCUGUUUCCCAUUUGCUUCUUGUCUUUGUGCAAAGCUAAACACAACCCUGAUGUAUUUUUGAACUGAAUGCACAGAGAUGAAAUUUAUAUCAAUCCUUAACCCUGGGCAAAACAACAAACACACAUAUUUCCCCAAAUUUCUAACUGUUCCUUUAAGUGUUUUCCACCCAAACGUAUUAGCUAGCUAGUAACAGUUUUCUUCAUCAACUUGUGUAUUUGGAGGAUUUCAGUUAUGCCUCCCCGUCUCUUCUGUGAGCAAUUCAGCACAUAAAAGUAACCUUUUAAUGAGAUUAUAUUUCCCUUUAUAGCAACUGAAUAAGAUACAGGUAGGCUAAUAGCGGUUUUCGCAUAUUUCAAAACAUGCAGACAACAUUUGAGCAUCUUACUCCAAUAAUGAAAUAGAAUUAAUAAUGCCAGUUAUCACAAAUCAUGAAAAAGAUGCGGGAAAGAUUAGUCAAAUUUAAUAUUAGAUUUUUCUAGAAACAUAUUCUUAUAAAGGACGCCAUGGUUUGAUACAUUUUCAGCCAGAUGUUUCUCAUAAGUAAUGCUAAUUAAAAUUUCAAAUUCUGCUUGUCAAAUUGUUAACAGACAUUGAGUCAUAUCACACGGGGGCCACAUACUUUUUUCUUUACAAUUUAAAUAACUUGUAAUCCAAUUAUUUACCACUGGAAUAGUUAAAUAGCAAAUUCAUUCUCACUGGUCACCUAAAGUUGCACAUACUAGGCUGCUGUGAAUUAGUCACAUUCAAGUAGUAGGACAUCAUAUAUUUAUAGUAAUUGAGCUCACCACACUUUACAAUGCCCUAAUCACACGUUUUUAUGUGACAUUGGGCAUUGAUCCUGUGCACUAUACAUGGUACGUCAGGGUAACAGUGACUUUAAUACUGCAUUAAAGUCAAAUGUACCUGUAUGUCCAUCCCUGCAAAUACAUGAAGGUAUUAUAACACAGUACCUUCAGUACUGUAAUGUUACCACUGAAAGGUGCUGUUAAAUGUCAGCCUAAUAAACAUAAAUUACUUGUGACUUAUUUUAGUGUUUUAGUGAUAAAAGCUUUUGAUUUAGGUCUUAAUAGUGACAAGUUUAUUUAUUACAUAACAGAAGUUGUACUUUUACAUGCGUCAUUUACAGUAUCCUGUUAGAGUAUUGAACCUUCGAGUCCUGUGAUGGACAGCAAGAUAGAUUGCAACAUUAAUGAUCAAGCUGUUGCAAAAGUGGGAUCUUGAAUUGGACAAAGAAUAAUAUUUCUGUGAUAAAAGUGAAUUUAACAAACUUUCUCAAGUUCUACUUUCUCACAGUUUCACACUGUACAUAUGAAAUAUUCCACGCAGGGUACUGCUUUUUGUUAAUGAGUAAUCUGAGUUAUGAUCAUCCGAGCAAUAUAAGCAAGAGGAGGAAAUCUUAAUUUGCAGAGGCUUUCAACAAUGACUAUCUGUGUUUUUCAUCCCAUGUUCAGGAUUGUGGACAUAUAGAUUUGUUUUGCUCACACAAAGCUGGUUAGACAAAGCCGGUCACCCCCCUGUUGCUGUGAUGGAUGUAAACUGUGGUAAAUGUUGAGGUGACCGCUGUGCAAGUGGUCGGUGCGGUGCAAGUAACGUGAUGGUGAAAUGUCAGUAAGAUGUCACCUGCCCGCUGUCCCAAAUACUUCUGUUACUGAAAGAAUGUUUCCGUUUGUCAUGAGGAUUUAAACCUAGUUGAAAUUGAGGUUACAUGUCAGAAUGAUGGUGUUGCAAUGUGUCACUGAACUCUACAAUAAACUGU